UUAACAGGUUGUCAUCAGAUUAAACACCUUAACCUGAAAUAGAGAAGCGGCAAUACAUUAUUAAAAGGAAAUAAUUAAAAUAAUUAAUUAAGUAAACACUAUCAGUUUCUGUAGAUGUUAAUGAUUUAAUUGAUUAUAGAAAACAUAACACAAGUAUCAUACAACUAAAAUUAUUAUAUGUAUAUGAAACUCUAUGUUUCCCAUAUGCACAGCAAAAAAUCGCAGAAAUGGAGUUAAGGUGUACAGCUCUCUUUAUGAAAGCCCGAAAACCUCUGGUCACCUGUGUGGUUCAUCAACUCAGUCCAGUCCAGAUGUGACGUCAAUGACAUGUAAUAAUACAGCUAGAUACAUUACACUAUACAAAGAUGACGACAGCAGAGGAGACACAGCAAUGAAUUUCUGUGAAGUUCAAGUAUUUGUCUGUGCUUCUGGAACUUUCGGUGAUAACUGCACCUUGUUCUGUCACUGUCGGGAUGGACCGUGUGACUACAUGACCGGAGUAUGUACAGCAGGAUGUAAACAAAACUGGACUGGGAUAACUUGCAGUGAAUGUGCUUCUGAUCACUAUGGUCCUUUAUGUGAUAAACCUUGCUCCAGCAGACACUGUAAUGAAUCGAGUGCUAACUCCUCGUGUAGCAAAGUGACUGGACGAUGUGACAACGGAUGUACAGCAGGAUGGAUGGAACAAGACUGUACAGCGAGUAAGAUCUACACUAAAACAUCUUAGUGUGUUGUGUACAAAUUUGUUUUAUUCUCAAAUAUUAAGAUCAAUAACAACAGACUGAGCAAUGAUAAUUAUCUGAUAUAUACCUGACAGAAUUAAGUUCUUAUUGCCACUCGAUUUAGAUCUGACAUGACCUACCCCUAUUCUUGUCCUGGUGACUAUUUGUCGUGACUUGUUGGAUUUGUUUGUUUUGUUUUUUGGGGGUUACCAAAGUUAUGAUAUGACAGACAUGACACUAGCAGGGAAGGGUAUGCAUACAUUUAGCGAACAGCUGAUAUGACAGUGAUUCAUGAGUGCAUGUUAUCACAACAGUAUUUAUUCUAAUGAGCUCUGUUCGGUGCUAGUUUUCAUUUAGUAGACUAGUCUAGGAGUGACAGUCUUCUUUAUGGCGGUGCAAGAGGGCUGAACUAUCUACUAAAGAAUAUCAUCGGAAGUGGCAGUCCUUCU